CCGGCCCAAGGCUCCCCGCGUGGCCUCGCGUCUGGUCGCCUACCCCUCGCGGCCCGCUCCUCGCAGCAUGGACCUGGAUCCGGGGCGCCUUGGUUGCGAAUUGCCAGGAGGGCCCUGAGAUUUGUGUUGUCAAAACACUGGGGGGAUGAUUGUUACCCGACAAACUGCCUCUGGCAGGACCUGAAGCCUCCCCGUCACCUCGGGAACGGGCAGGAGCUCAGGCUGGCGCCUCCGGUGCAGUGGCAUUACAGGUAGCUCAGGUGACGCGCGGCUGGAGUGCACGGGAACCAGUUGCAAACUGCAGUGCUGGGCUUGAGGAUGGCUCCUCCUGAGCCGGCAGGCAGGGCGACUCUCCCGAACGAGUCCACGUGGACACGCAAGGCUCAGCGAGUGGGGAUUUCCCGCGAGGCCGAGCGCGAGGAGGAGCCGGCCUCGGAGGCUCUGGCUCGGGCUCGGGGUCUCCCCGGGAACGCGGCCGGCCGAGAAGGCAACAGGAGAUGCCACUUCACACUCAUUGAUGACACCCAGCAAGGCCUAGAGUGUGCACUGUUGAAACUCUUCCUGCGGUGCAACUUAAAUUUCUCUAGAGAAAUUCGGGAGACAUUUGGCUGCAUCUGCGAGAGCAGAAGGUGCCUGCUCCCUGGCACCCAGCACACAGGUGCUGCGGAAGCGGGGACGGACGAGGCAGCCCUGGAGCAUGAGUCUUUGUGGUAUAAAGAAUAUAGCCUGGAAAGGAAAAGGGCAAACACAGGACCUUUCUGGCCCUUACGCUCCUUCCAGAAACAACCAGUUCUGCCUAGUUCUCUUCACUGUGGCCAGAAGAAGCUGGAUCUUUGCAAAAACAAAUCCGCUGAGAGCCCCAGCACAGAGUGUUACGGUCAACGGGAAGUCGAGGCCCCUCAGGCUCAGGGGGAGCACAGCAAGCCAGGCGGCCACCCUAGGAGGCCCUGGCACAGGUGUUGCAUUUGCCACCCCAUUGCCACCCGUGGCUCCGCUGCGUACCUGUGGGUGACUUUGCUCCCCACAACCACCCUGCCCUGCGUCCUUUGCUGGACAUUCUUUGCGGUGUUUAGGAACAUUCUAAAUCUCUUUAUGGAAUGCAUCGUCAAAAGCAGUGAAACCUUAGAGAACUGUUUCUGCUCCGGCCGCUGCAGCACCCACAUCCCACUGCUGACACUGGACCGUACUUGCAGAAGAGUGCUCUCUGAAAUUGCCAACAACCUCUCCUAG